AUGGAUCUUUCCCUUUUUUAUUUCACAUUUGCUAUCUUUAUACUACUGCCAGCAAUUGAUCAAACACAAUUUAAUAUUGAUUCAUGUCCAACGUCUCGUCGUUUAUUAUUUUUUGGUAGAUUUAAUUUUUCUCUUGGAGAGAAGAAAUCUGAACAUAUUUCUUCAUCUUCAAAAGCACAAUCAUCACCAAAACUUUCGAGAACUGUUCAUAAACAUGGUGCUACAGUUUAUGUUCAACCACAAACUUCAACUGAACUUGGUCAAAAAGUUCGUUCAUAUAGUCAUUUACUUAAACAAAAAGUGGUUAAAAAAGAAGAACGAACAAAAAUUAAAAAGUCUAAAUCUCCAAAGAAAAAACCAAAAAUUCAUAAACAAAUUAAAAAGAAAAAUACAACUCAACAUGCUACUAAAACUCGAGAAUUAGUAGCUAUUAAUGAUCAUGAACGUGUUCGAUGUCGAGCAUUACUUCGUAUCGGUCAUCCAAAUAUUUCAAUAUCUUCAAAAAAUACUAAAAAAUCAAAGAAAACAAAAUCUGAAAAAAAACCAAAACCAUCAUCCAAAGUACACAAUGAUACAAUAGAAGCAAAGAAAAAAAUUGUUACUUCAAAAAAAUCUUUGCCUAAAAUUGAUAAACAAAAAACUAAAAAAGUUAAACCUGAAAAAAACAAUACAAAAUCUACUUCAAAUCGAAAGAAAAAACCUAUUAAUAAACCGAGUGAGGUGAAACCACUCACUCCAACACCAUCGUCAUCAUCAUCAUCAUUACCUAUCAAUGAAGCACCAAUAAAAAGUAAAAUUACUCAUCCUCCAGCUUCAGUUUCUCUUCCUCCUCCUCCUCCUCCUCCUCCUUCAUCAACAGCAUCUCCACCACCUCUUCCACAAUCAUCAACAAAUACAAAAUCAAAACGUGAAAAACCACCACCACCACUACCACCACCGCCGCCGCCGCCACCUGUAAUCGAAGAAUCAACAGAAACAGAAGUUAAUGAACCAGUUAAUACUGAUAAUCAAGAAAAGAAUAAUUCAGUUGUCGAUCGAGCUUAUCAUUUUGUUAGAAAUAUGUUUCAACUAUCUGAUGAUAUACUCGAAAAUAAUUAUACUCAUGAAGACGAUCAAAUUCUUUCUUCAGCAAAUGAAGAACAACAUCGUCAAGCACGAAAAUUACUUUCUAUUAAUGAUGAAACAUUAUUUUUAAAUUCAAAUAAUAUAGAUGAUUAUGAAUUUAAUCUUUAUUUUAAUCAAUUAAAUGAUAAAGAAUUUAAUAUUGUAUCCUUCAAUGAUUUAUCAUUGUCAUCUAUGAGUAUAUCAAAACGACAAUUAUUAUCUAUCAAAAAUGCUAAACAUACGAUACCUACAGACACAGCUAACGUAAAAAUUAAAAAAACAAAUUCUAUUUCAAAUAAACCAAAAGUUGGUUGGGCUUAUCGUUAUCGUAUAUCACGUUAUUUAGCUGAUCAAAAAACGAAACAUACUGGUCAAACUAGAAAAACUAUAGCAGGAGGAGGAAAACCUUCAACACAAUCAAAUAAUAAAAAGAAGAUAAGUUCUUCAACUCAUACAAAAGUUUCUAAACGUAAACUUCUUGAAUUCAAUACUAAUGAUGAAUCAAAUUUGAAUGAUAAUUAUAAUAAUGAUAUCUCUAAUCAAGAUAUUGCCAAUUCUGUGUUGAUUACACAAGAAUUUGUUCCUAAACGUCAAUUAUUUACUUCAAAAAAAGUCAAUGAUAAUGAAGAAGACACUGAUAAUGAUGACGAUAUUAAUAAAAUAAAUGAACGUCGUCGAAAAAAAUCUUAUGAAGAAAUAACUGAUCCAGUCGAAAUUGUUCGUUCCUAUGAUCGUGGUUUAUUUAAACCUCGUGUUGGUUGGCAAUUUCGUUAUCGUGUAUCACGUUAUAUUGAUUCUUUACGUGAAAAUAUUCGUGAAGAUCAAGAACGUUUAAAAUUAGGUCUAGAAGCAAUUAAACGUAAAACACCACAAGAAUUAAGUGGAAGACGUAAACGUGUUCUAGAUAAACCGUUUGCAUCUGAAAAACAAGAACAACCUCCACCUGUUGAAGAAAGUAAACCUAAUGUUGGUUGGCGUUAUCGAUAUCGUAUAAGUAAAAUGCUUGAAGCUAAAAGACGUGGUGAAUAUAUCGAUGAUGAAGAAGAAAAGCGUAAAGCACGUCUUGAACAAAAACAACCAAGUCUUGUUAAACCUUCUGAAGAAGAUGAUGAAUGCGUUGAAUGGGAAUAUGAUCAUCUUGAUCCAGAAUUACGUAAAAUAAGUGGAGAAGGUCGACAUGUUGGAUGGGCAUAUCGAUAUCGUAUUCGUCGUAAACUUGAUAAAUUAAAAAAACAACAAGCUGAAAAUGGAAUUCCAUUUGAUUUGGAAAAACUUACAAGUGAACAAGAGAAAAAAACAAUAACAACUCCAACAAGUCCAAAAGUUGCAUUAGAUGAAAGUCUAGUUGAAAUUCCUAAAAAAACUGUUGGCUGGCAAUAUCGUUAUCGUGUUUCGAAAAUGAAAGAAGCACAAAAACGUGAAGCAGCUGAAGCCUUAGCAAAAUUAGCUAAAAAAACAGAUGAACAUAUACCAAUACAUGAAAGACUUGAUCCUGCAUUAGCACGAUUAACACCAGAAGAACGAAGUGUUGGAUGGAAAUAUCGUUAUCGUAUUCGACGUAAACUUGAUGAAAUAAAAAAUGCAACUCUUGACAGUCACGCUGGUAAACGUAGUAAAAAAAAUAAACAAUUAUCAGAAUCAAAAAAAAUAUCAAAACAUAAAGAAGAAAAAAUUAUUAAAAAAGUUGAAGAAUCUAUUGAAAAAAUUCUUAAUAUUGAUGAUAUUGAGGAAACACCAUUUAUGGAAUAUUGUCGUCGUGCAUCAAGUUAUGUUCUCUAUGGUCUUCUACCAACAGGACGAAAAUCUAUAUGUCUUUUACCAUUACCUAUUACAUUUUCAUUUUGUAAGGAGAAUAAUAAUGAAGAUAUUAAUAACAUACCAAUAACAACGCCAACAAGUACAAUCAUAACAACAACAACAACAUCUGAAUUACCUAAAGAAAUUUCAACAAAAAAAUCACGAACAAAAAAAGAUAAACGUUUACCAAAACAAACCAUAUCUUCUCGUUCAAUUAAAUCCGAUAGUACAAAUGAAAUUAUUACGGAUACAGUUAAACCUGUAUCGAAAACACCGCCUAAACCUGUAUCAAAAACACCGCCAAAACCCAUAUCGAAAACACCACCUAAACCUAUUGAAAAACCACAAAAAAAACAAUCACGUCAACGAUUCCAUUCAUCUACACGAUACCAAAUUAAUGAAGAAAUAAGACAUUUUGAUGAAGAGGAACAACCAAUUAAAAAAAUAAUUGGUGUGGAUUCACAAAAGAGAAAAAAUAAAAAACGAUUUCAAAUCAUAGGUACAGAAGUUAAAAUUAAACAUAAACGUUCAACAACAAAUUCUCCACCUAUUACCACAACCACUUCCUCUAUUCCAAUAACAAUUACAAAUCCUCCUCCAAUUAUUACAACAUCUCCUCCAAAUGUCGAAAUUCCUACAACAACUUCUUCUCCUGAACCACAAAUUCCUACAACAACUUCUUUCCCUGAACCACAAAUUCUCUCAACAACUACUUAUGCACCUCUUCGUUCUAUUUCAGAGAUAAUACAAGAGGAAGCAGCAACAUUAUUAUCAACAAAAUCAGUAUAUUCUGAAGAAAUUAUAGAAGAAAACAAUGAAGCAAAUGAAGCCUUACAAGCAACAACAAUAACGACAACAAUAAUAACAACAACAACAACAACAACAACAACAACAACUUUAUCACCGCCGAAUAUUAAUGAUAAUACAAUACCCGAUGAAGACGAUAGUGAAUCAAGUUCGAGUGAUAGUGACAGUGACAGUGAAAGCAGUUCAAGUGAAGAUACAAACAAUAACGAUGACAAUUUUAGUACCUCACCUAUGAAAAAAAUCAAACAAUUUUAUGAGACUGCGAAAGAGAGUGUGCAUGAUGUGUUCGACUUAAACGAUGAUAAAGAUAGUUCUUAG